CAGUACAAUUUAAAAAUGAGGCAUAAUUGCGUACUUCUUGUGGUGAUAGCUUUCUCCUCUUUUUUGGCUUUCCAGGAACCGGUGUAUGCCACCAACAACUACCUCUGGGGCGAGAUUGGCUCCAAUGACUACAAGUUGGCAAAGGAUACAAUCAAAAAGGCAUUUUUUGUUGGUCUUGUACAAACUAAAAAAUAUGUUUUUAAACAGUCGGACAACCUAGAUGCUUUAACGAUUACCGCUAUUCAAAUCACUGACCAAAAGAAAAAUAAUGGAGCCACUGCAGAACUAAUUAGCGGUGGCCCUGGUUCAAAAGGUGCUACUAUUUUCUUUAAAUCGGUGCGUGGCUAUGGCAUCAACGAUGUGGUUGAAAUAUGGGGCCGAUGAAAUAUAAACAACUGAAAAUUUACCACUUCACUUUCUCCAUAAUAAAUGAGAUACGCAGCAAUAAAA